UAACGGAAAAAUCUAAAAAACGAAUGAGUCCUAAUAGACACGUAACCUUAUCUUUAAAACAAAAGAUGCAAAUCAUUAAGGAAAUCAAGUGUAAGGAAAAAACCAAACAGGAAGUGUGUGUCAAAUACAAAUGCUCAAUGUCUACGAUCAAUAGAAUUAUCCAAAAUGAAAAAAACAUUUUAGAAAACUCCAAAAUGCAUAACCUGUCAAGCAAGCGAAUUAGAAAUGGUGCAUGUUACGAUGUUGACCGAGCUGUUUCAAUUUGGUUUGAUCAAAUGAGAGCAUCGGGUGCAAUCAUUUCAACAAAUAUGAUUUUGGAAAAAUCAAAACAGUUUGCUGUGACAUUGAACAAGGAUUUUAAUCCCACUACCGGCUGGCUGUGGCGCUGGCAGAAACGUGAGGGAAUAUCCUUCAAAAAAAUUCAUGGAGGAGCUGCAUCUGCCGAUUCGGAAAGUGCAAAUAAUUUCAUCAACACACUUUUCCCGAAUUUGAUUGAAGGUUACAAAUCAUCAGAUAUAUUUAACGCCGACGAGAGUGGUCUGUUUUUUAAAGCUUUACCGGUAUCAACCCUAAGCAGAAAAGAAAGUCAUAAUAAUGGAUUUAAAUCGUCAAAAGAUCGUUUAACUUUGCUUUUCAUAUGUAAUGCCACCGGUGAUUAUAAAAAACGUGGAUGA